ACAAGAUCAUCGAUAUCGAUCCUAUCUAGCUCGUCAGAAAUUAAAUUGGGUAUAGCUAGCAAGCAAGCUAGAUAGAUAGCUGUGGGCAUGAAAGUGCAAAUAAUAAUGGCAGGUAGAAGAUCAAGAGUAGAAAAGUGUAAUUGGUGUGGAACUCAACAAUGGGUGCCGUAUGAGACUCAAAUCUUUAAGUGUGGUGAGUGCCGAGCCAUCAUUCAGCUUCCGAACAAAGAUAAUGACCAUUGGCUUAAAGUCCACGACUCAGUUUAUAACCCAGGAGUUCGGUUCAGAAAUGUCGUGGAAACAGCGGCGCCAGGGCUUCGGGCAAUGCCCUUGAAGGCAGGGAGGAAGCGAGCAGUGCUCUGUGGAGUGACCUAUAAAAGCAGCAAUAGGCCGCUCAAAGGAAGUGUGAAUGAUGUUAAGUGCAUGCAAUACUUACUGGCUGAGAAGUUUCAUUUCCCCAAGGAUUCCAUACUCAUCCUCACAGAGGAAGAGAAGGACCCAUUUAGGAUCCCAACGAUAAAAAACAUCCGAAUGGCCAUGAUAUGGUUGGUCAAGGGGGUUCAGAGAGGUGACUCGUUGGUGUUCUACUUCUCCGGCCAUGGUUCAUAUGUGCGUGACUAUUCCAAUGAUGAGGAAGAUGGGAAUAACGAAACAUUGUGUCCUGUUGAUUUCGAAACCGCUGGGAUGAUUAUUGAUGAUGAAAUCAAUGCCACCAUCGUUCGGCCACUACCCAAAGGUGCCUACCUUCACGCCAUUGUGGAUGCCUGCCACAGUGGCACUAUACUUGACCUACAACAUGUGUACAGGCCGUCGCAAGAUCAUAGCGGCUGGGAAGGAAAAGACGGGGAAUGGGAAUUUCAAGAAUGUAGGUCAGGUGUAUAUAAAGGCACCAGCGGUGGGUUGGCUAUCUCCAUCAGUGCCUGUAGUGAUUCGCAGACCUCUAUGGACACAACUGCUUUCACAGGGAACGUUCCGACAGGUGCCUUGACUUAUAACCUCAUCCAAGCCGUUGAAAAAGAACCCAGAAUAACCUAUGGCCGCUUGAUUCAUUCCAUGCGCACUGCAAUUCGUGAGGCUAGACAUGGAAUCCAUCAAAAUGCAGGCUCAAUUUCAUCUUUCGUAAAUAAAUUACGCUCGCCGUUUUCACAGGAACCCCAGUUGUCGUCAUCAGAGAGGUUUGAUGUUUCUAAGAAACAGUUUGUACUAUAAUAUCAUUACUAGUCUACUAUGAUAUAAAAGUCAUGACAUAUUUCACAAUAUAUAUAUAUAUAUAUAUGUUGUGAAAUAUAUUGUAAAUUAAUGUAUUAAUAUUCCCCGCAACUUCUCGCUGAAAAGUAAUAAAUUGUUAGUUAUAAGAUCAUCA